CACCAGAAGUUCCUCUCCCCUCACACACACACGCUGUGCGGCUCUCACACUCUCUCACACACUGAGACCACAGCGGCGGAGUUCCCUGACAGAGCGGCGCUCCGGAGGGAAGAGUGGGUCUGGACGCCGAGCGGGACUCCAGCCGCCGGACACGAGGCAGAGUGAAAGUCCAGAGGAGGAGGAGUCUCCUGCCGCAGCCUGACGGCAACAUGGCUUCCUGUUCAGAGGAGGACCUGUCCUGUCCCGUCUGCCACGACGUCUUCCAGGACCCCGUCCUGCUGUCCUGCAGCCACAGCUUCUGCGCAGCCUGCCUGCGGGGCUGGUGGACCCAGACCGGGACCCGGCAGUGCCCGGUGUGCCGGGUGAGCUCCAGCUUUGAGCCGGCCGGGAACCUGGUCCUGAAGAACCUGUGCGAGUCCUUCAGGCAGCGGAGGAGCGCCGCCCCCCAGCAGCCCCUGUGCGGCCUGCACUCCGACCCCCUGCGGCUCUUCUGCCUGGACCACCAGCAGCCCGCCUGCCUGGUCUGCAGGGACUCGGAGAAGCACCGCGGCCACGCCUUCCGGCCGCUGGACGAGGCGGCGCGGCUGCUGCGGGCGGAGCUGCUGGGCCGCCUGGAGGACGGCCUGAGGACCCGCAGGCUGGUCCGGGACCGGUGGGCCGGGGCCGCGGCUCACGUCUCGGUCCAGGCCCGGACCACCGAGCGCAGCAUCCGGGAGCACUUCCAGGGGCUGCGCGUCCUGCUGGCGGAGGAGGAGGAGGCCCGGGUGGGCGCCCUGAGGAAGGAGGAGGAGCUGAAGAGCUCCCUGAUGAAGGAGCAGGUGGAGGCUGUGAACCGGGACCUGGAGGCUCUGGCCCUUGCAGAGGAGACGCUGGGCGCCUCCGACGCGUCCUUCCUGCUGGGCUACAAGGCGGCGGCGGAGGAGGUGCGGCGCUGCGCCCUGCCGGAGCCCCCCCCGCUGCCCCCCGGCGCUCUGAUCGACGAGGCCGAGCACCUGGGCAACCUGGGCUUCAGCGUGUGGAGCAGCCUGAAGGCCAGCGCCUCCCCGGUGGUCCUGGACCCCAACACGGCCUCCGCAGACCUGCUGCUGUCCCACGGCCUGACCGGCCUGAGCUGCGGAGACCCCCGCCCGCUCCCCGCCAACCCCGAGCGGCUGAAGGCCUGCGCCGUGCUGGGCUCGCGGGGCUUCGGCUCGGGCAGCCACUGCUGGGACGUGCAGGUGGGGGACAACGCCAUGUGGGAGCUGGGCGUCUGGGAGGACUCGGCCGGCGGGGGGACGGACGUCUUCUCCGGGCUCUGGAGGGUGGGCUUCUACCGAGACGAGUUCAGGGCGUCCCCCCCCUCCCAAGGCUUCACUGAGCUGGCGGUGAAGGGACGCCCGCGCACCGUCAGAGUCCAGCUGGACCUGGACGCAGAACGGCUGACCUUCUGCGACCCCGACGCCGACACACACAUCCACACCUUCACACACACCUUCAGGGGCAAGGUGUUCCCGUUCUUCAGCACGGUGGACGAGGCCCCGCUCAGGAUCCUGCCCGUCAAAGUCUCCGUGACGGCGGGACAGACGCCGUAGGCGAAGAGGACACUCACAACCAGCCAGAACAUUAUGACCACGAACGAAGAGCUCCGGUCUGAGGUGGACUGUAUCAGGGACAAGUGGACGAGUUUAAGGCAGAAAAAUGGACAAGAGCUGGCACUGCCGAGGCUGCACAAUUUAUUACUUUAUGGACAUUUGUAAAACUCGUGUCGUCACACUGUAUUCAUGCUCUGGCAUUUUGAAAAUGAAGGGAAAGAUGAAGUAAAACUGACAGUGGCUAGAAGCAGAACAGGAUGCUGAGCAGCGGUGGUUACCAUGGAGACAGAGCCAGAGCCGGCUCGGCCUGGAGGAGUGACCCCAGGCCGGGUUCCCCUCCGUCAGUCCCUGCUGCUCCGCUGACCCGUCAGAACACUCAGCAGAGGAAUCAGCUGCUUCACGGAGGUUCGGCUGCACUGAUCGCCGUGAGCAAGUCACAUUUCUGAGAAUCGAGACGAAAAGAGGAAGAGUGAUUAUGAUGACAUGAAUGUUAUGCUGACAAGUGUCUUAAUAAAGUUGAUGAGCGUGUGUGUUGUCCUGUU